AUGGGUGAUGAAAAUGGUAAACGGAAUGAUUUCAUUAAGUUGCAUCGUAUGCAUCAACUCGCAUCGGCACAGGUUGCUUGUUUAGUUGCAGCUUGGUAUGCACAAAAUAGGUACAAACAAAAUAGUCAAAUUCCUCGUGUUGUACAGUUAGAAGGAGAACGUGUACGAAAUGAACUAAUGACAAAAGUGCUAACUAAUGAUCAAUGUCGUAAUAUAAUUAGAAUGAGUCCUUCUGCAUUUGUGGAAUUGUGUAAUCUUUUAGUCAAAGAAGGUGGUUUACGACCUACAACAAGAAUCACUGUGGAAGAACAAGUAGCAAAAUCACUCUAUUUGCUAGGUCACAAUGUUACAAAUCGUGCACUUGGCUUCUUUUUCUAUCGAUCGGGAGAAACAGUCAGUCGUCAUUUCCAUAAUGUUUUAAGAGCUAUAAUGGAAUUAGAGGAUAAAUUUCUCAAUCAACCGGAUGGGUCACAAGUUCCUUUAGAAAUCUUCAAUAGCAAUCGAUUCUACCAAUUUUUUAAGGAUUGUGUUGGAGCAAUAGAUGGAACACAUAUUCGUGUUAAAGUUUCUCCCAUUGAUGCCCCAAAGUUUCGUGGUCGAAAGGAUUUUCCAACUCAAAAUGUUUUAGCAGCAUGCACAUUUGAUUUGAAAUUCACUUAUGUCUUAGCCGGAUGGGAAGGGACAGCAUCGGACUCGAGAAUAAUUAAAAAUGCAUUAACCAGACAAGAAUGUCUUAAAAUUCCAGAAGGAAAAUACUAUCUUGUUGAUGCUGGAUUCAUGUUAAAAAGCAGUCUUAUUACACCAUAUCGAGGAGAACGUUAUCAUUUGAAAGAAUAUAGCCGUAAUCCACCACGAAAUGCUCGGGAGUUAUUUAAUCUUCGACAUUCUUCUUUGCGCAAUGCAAUUGAAAGAGCUUUUGGAGUCGUUAAAAAAAGAUUUGCUAUUAUAAGAAGUUCAACGGAGCCACAUUAUGGAAUUGAAACACAGAAACAAAUUAUUCUCUGUUGUUGUAUUUUACACAAUUACUUGAUUAAUGCUGAUCCAGAUGAGGGUUUGCUUGCCGAGGUUGAUGCCGAACUUAAUAAUAAUAGUGAACAUCAAGAGGAAAAUCAUAGUAAUAGAGAUGACAGUGACGAUGCAAGAAGGGGAGAAUUUCUUAGAGAUGUGAUAUUUAUGUUUAUUUGUUUAUCUAGUGAUUUUGGACAAAUGCUCUUGAUGCGAAAAAAGGACUUGCAAAAUGCUAGUGCAAGCAAGGCGAAUAAUCAAUGUAUUUGGACUAAAGUAAUGGAUGAUGCUCUUAUUGAUGCAUAUUUGAAUCAGCAUAAUAUAGGCAAUAGGGUUGGUGGAACCUUUACUACACAUGCAUUUGAAAAUAUUGUGAAUGAAUUGAAAGCAAAAUUUUCCGACAAACUUAUCGAUAAGGAAAGGAUUCAAAAUCGCAUGAAACAUAUUAAAAGAUGUUGGUUUUCAUGUUAUGAUAUAUUCAAGAAUGGUAUGAGUGGUUUUGGAUGGGAUCCCAUUACAGAAUUCUUCAUUGCUGAACCUGAAGUUUGGCAACAACUAAUUGAGAUAAAACCAGCAGCUGCCGAAUGGAAGACCAAGCCUAUUCGAAAUUAUGAGAAGUUAGUUCAAUUAUAUGGAAAAGAUAGGGCUACAGGACAAUAUGCUGAAACUGCAUUAGAAAUGCGAAAAAGAAAAGCUAGCAUAGAAGUAGAGAAUAAUGUUGGUGGACAUAAUUUUGAAACCAUUGAUGAAGUUGAAUUUAUAAUUUCUCAACAGGAAAUCCAUUUGGACAAUGAAGAUGCAGUUAAUAUGGAUGCCCAAAUUCCAACUCAACCAUCUAAAUCUCAAGCUGAAUCUUUUGUUGGAUCAUCAUCAAAGAAGAAGAGUGCAAAAAAAGGUAAAGUUGACGAUGAGAAUAUAAGUAAUGCAAUUGAGCAUGUAGCUCAAGCUAUUAUGAGUUCAACACAUGAAAUGAUUAAGUCAAAUGAACUUCCUAUUCCUGAGCAUGAAGUGUGGAGUUUGUUGAAUCAAUUAGGUGUCGAGCAACAUAUCACUUCUACAUGCUAUUUAUUUCUUGUUCAACGCCCAAAGAUGUUGAGAGCUUUACUUGGAUGCCCUUUUGAACAUCGCAAAGACUUAUUACUUCAAAUGUUGGAUGGAGAAAAUCUACGAUAA